AUGACCUUACUAUUUGGCAUUUUAAAAAAAGAACUUCUUGGCAGUUAUGAAUUGAAGGCAGUUGGCAUUUCUUCUGUCUCUGUUAAAAAGGAUCGUUUAACUGUCUUAAUUUUUUUUUUCUACUUCCUACUAACCAACGUCAAGAUGAUGCUCAGAAGUCGUGCCAAUACUACUAGUGGGCAACAAGGUGGGGUAACAAAUAAUCAGGAGGCAAAGGCUUUGGGAGACAAAAAACGUCAGGCUACAAAAGAGGAUCUUGGGUUGGAACCAAAGCCUAAAAGAAGUGCUUUAAAUGAUUUAUCCAAAGCUAUUUCUAAUGUCGUUCUUAACAGCAAUAAAAAGGAUUCUCUUCAAAAGCCUGAUCUUAAGCGUGCUCUUCCUGUAGCAAAUUUUCAAACAAUUGAAGGAUCAUUAGAGAAUGCCAGAAAUUUAAAUGUUGGAAUUGUUAAAGAACAAGCUAUUACGUAUGAUUAUGACAAGGAAUGUGCUAAAGAUUUAUCUGCUAAUGCUAUCUUUGCCAAUGAUAUUUUUACUUAUUUGAAAUCAAGAGAAUCGAUGUUUAAAGUUGGUGAUUACAUGAGAAAACACAAAUGCAUUUCUCAUGCAGAUCGUGCUACUCUCGGAGAUUGGAUGGUAGAGGUUCAAGAGAGUUUUGAACUUUAUCAUGAGACAUUGUAUCUUGCAAUAAAACUUACUGAUUUAUACUUGGAUCGUGUUGAAUCAGUAAGAAAAGAUAAAUUACAAUUGAUUGGGUCUGCUGCAAUUUUCAUCGCAGCUAAAUUUGAUGAGCGUUCACCUCCACUUAUUGAAGAUUUCUUAUAUAUAUGUAAUGAUGCUUUUUCAAGAGAAGAUCUCAUCGAAAUGGAAAUGAAAUUCCUCCGUGUUGUUGGAUUUGAAUCUUUAACAGCACCAUUAAGCUAUUCUUUUUUGAGACGUUACUCACGUGUAAUUAAAGAAGACAUGGCUACUUUAUCUGCUGCUAGAUAUGUUUUGGAAAUUUCUCUUUUAUGGUUUGAUUUCUCCAGAGUUAGUGAAUCAAAGAUGGCUGCUGCUUCUCUUCUAUGGGCACUUAGGGUUAAAAAGAGGGGUGGAUGGAAUCCUAUUCUGACUAAGUAUUCAGGUUAUAAGUUGGAAGAUAUUGAACCGUUGAUGUAUGCCCUUAACCAUAUGAUUCAUAUGCGCUCAAAAUACCUUGGAAAAUUUACUGUAAUUUAUGAAAAGUAUUGUAACGAGAUAUCUACAGACCAACAGACCCUAUCAGAGUACCUUCCAACUGCUAAAUUUGUGAAUAAUACUUUCUUUUUAAGCAUUCUUUUGUAUAUUAAUACAAUGGCAGUAAUUGGAAUAUGUUAA